AUGGCUUCUGAGCCGAUCACCCAACAAGGACUCAUUCAAGCUGCGUCUCAAGUUCAUUACGCCCUUAUCAAGAACCCCUCACCCCAUUGCCCCAACGUCACAAUAUGGGUGCCGUGGUUGGAGUACACCAUUGGUGAAGUUCGCAGGGCCUUUUACGAAGGAAAUCUGCCAAUCAGGAGCAUUCCGACGAGAACGCUUUCUGCGUUCUAUGAGAUGGAAAAACGCGACCAAGACCCUGACUAUCCGUCCUCCAUCUGGAACAUCAAAAACUUCAGCAGCAACGAAGAGGCGGUGGCUCACUACGGCCUCGAUGUUGGUUUGGAAGCAAACAAUCAGGGCGACAUUCCCGUGCUCGAGUGGCACGACGUCAAGGAGACUUGGUGGAUUGACCUCAUCACGACGCAAACCGCCGAACCUGAAGCCUGA